UUGUGUUUACACCACAAGAAUUGCAAGUUUUAUCAGAACUUGACAGUCGACAUUUUGGUUUCUUGAAGUUAAUGGAUCAACAGAAUUCUGAAAAAAAAGCUUUAUUAAUAAAGGGAGUUCAAGCAUUAGAAAAUGUAUUAAUUCAGGCUGAAAAAGAACGAGCUAACCCCCAAGGGGAAACUAGAAAAAUAAACAUUGAUCCUAGAACUGUGUGUAAAUUGGGUCAUUUUCAACUUUUGCUUGGAGAAUAUGCAAAAGCUUUGUCAGCUUAUCAAAUUUAUUAUUCGUUGAAACGUGAUUAUUGGACUGAUUCCUGUUUCCUUUAUGGACAAGGAUUAAUAUAUUUUCAUUAUAAUUCAUAUCAAUGGGCGAUAAAAUCAUUCCAAGAAUUGUUAUAUGCCGAUCCAUGCUUCUUUCGAGCAAAUGAAGUCCACCUUCGGCUAGGAUUAAUGUUCAAAGUCAAUUCAAAUUUAGAAUCAGCAUUAAAACAUUUACAAUUAGCAUUGUAUGAUCAAACACCGUGUUCCCUUACAAAUUGUCAAAUUCGAUUUCAUAUUGCUCACCUAUACGAAGUUGAAGGGAAAAUUAAAUUAGCAAAAGAAAAUUAUGAAGAAUUAAUACGUGAAAAAGAUUUGUCAGAUGAUCUACGGGCAACAGUAUAUAGGCAGUUGGGAUGGAUGCACCAUUCUAUUGAAUCAUUAGGAGAAAAAACACAGAGAACAGCUGUUGCAAUACAUUGUUUACAAAAAUCUAUUGAAUUUGAUCGACAAUCUGGCCAAAGCUUAUAUUUAUUGGGUCGAUGUUAUGCAAGUAUUGGAAAAGUUCAUGAUGCAUUUAUUGCUUACAGAAACUCUGUUGAAAAAUCCGAGGGCAAUGCAGACACAUGGUGCUCAAUUGGUGUGUUAUACCAGCAACAAAAUCAGCCUAUGGAUGCAUUGCAAGCAUAUAUAUGUGCCGUUCAAUUAGAUAAGGAACACACUGCAGCUUGGUCGAAUCUAGGUGUAUUAUAUGAAAGUUGCAAUCAAAUUAGAGAUGCAUUUGCUUGUUAUGUUAAUUCUAUGCGAGGAUACAAUUGCCAAGAUGCAUCACAGUAUUUAACACCGGCGAGUGUAAGUGCUAUAGGAAUUCCUGGUUUACCUAAUCCAACAUUAGCGCACAGAAUCAAAUUCUUAAAAGGGCAAUUAGCCAACGCUCCAAUGCCAAGUAUCACUAGUAAACGGCGUCAAUUGCUGUCGAUUGAAGAGGCGUGGAACCUUCCAAUAUCUGCGGAGAUGUCGUCCAGACAACAACAAUCACAGAACAAUCAGCAAAACCGUCUUCAGCAAUGCAAACCUCAAGGACCACCACCACCGUAUCCAAAACGGUUUAAAAAUGAAGGUCAAACAGCAGCAUCACAACAGCCACCAUUCUUUCUUGGACCCCAACAACUUAAUAAUCUACAGUUUUUACAACAAAAUAUGGCUAAUUUAAAUCCACAACAACAGAAUUAUUUGCAACAACUUCAACAUCAAUAUAGACUUAUGCAACAGCAUCAACAACAGGUGAGACUUCAACAGCAAAGGGCAGCUGGAUUAGCUGGAAGUGGAACUGCGAGCAACAAUUUGUCGCGUCCAUCGUUUGUAUCCAACACUAAUAGUGGAAAUUAUGCAACAACAGGUGGCUUAGUUCAACCUGCUGUUAAUAAUAAACAACAUCCGCUAUCUUUAUCGGGAGCUGGACUUCAAACUCCCUUCCAACCACAAGUUUCUUCAUCUUCAAUACAAGCUCCUUCACCACAACCUGUAAACGAAUCAUUAGGUGUUACAGAUCAAGAACUUCGUGAUUUAUUAUCCCAUAAAGACUUAGCAACGAGUUUAGCUGAAGACUUAUUAAAGCAUUUUGGUUCUGGAGAUAUUGAAGUGAAGGAUGAAGUUUCUGAAUCACCUGAGAUUGGAGGUCUAAGUUCAGGUCCAUUUUCGCCUUCGAACGUUGAUUCGAAGUAUAAUGUAAAGGAAAUUAAAGGCGAAUUAAAGUCGCCGGAUGCUUCGGGACGUGAUAAUUCGUCGGAUGCGUCUCAAAAAGUAGAUACAAUUAAAGUAGAGGAUACAAUUAUAAAAGAGGAAUUGGAUACGACUUCGAGUAGUCCUAUCAAAGCCGAAAUACCUAUUGAUGUUGAAGAUAUUCGUGAAUCGAAAACAGAUGUAGAGUGUAAUAUUGAUAUGGAUGCCAAAUCUAUUGUCGAAUCAUGCAAAGGAAUCGGACGGAAAGGAAUAAUUAGUAACUCAAUAUUAUCAGAGAAUUCGCCGCCACCGGCACCGCCAGAUCCACCAUCAGUAAUUCUAACAAAAGAUCAACUUAAUCCUCCAACUCCUUCUGUUUAUCUUGAUAAUAAAAAGCAAGCUUUUAGCCCACAAUUGCAAGAGUUUUGUUUGAAACAUCCCAUUGCUGUUAUAAGAGGCUUGGCUGCUGCUUUAAAAUUAGAUUUGGGUUUAUUUUCAACUAAAACAUUAGUUGAAGCAAAUCCAGAUCAUUCAGUUGAAGUUCGUACACAAAUGCAACAGCCAGCAAAUGAAAAUUGGGAUCCACAAUUGGGGCGAAAAGUUUGGGCAUGUAUUUCACAUAGAUCUCAUACAACUAUAGCUAAAUAUGCCCAAUAUCAAGCUUCUAGUUUUCAAGAUAGUAUUAAGGAGGAGCGGGAUAAAGUUGGUUCUUUUGUAAAUAAUCUGUCUGAUUCUGAUUCAAAAGAUUCAACCACUAAUCCAAUAAAACGUAAAGGCAAAUCUAAUUUAUCUGGUAACAUGAGUGGAGGAGCAUCCAACGGUGGAAAAAGUGGAAAUUACCCUAAAAUGCUAAAAUUUGGUACCAAUGUGGAUUUAUCAGAUGAACGAAAGUGGAGGCCUCAAUUACAGGAGCUAAUGAAACUUCCGGCAUUUGCUCGUGUUGUCUCUGCUGGAAAUAUGCUUUCUCAUGUAGGACACGUUAUUUUAGGAAUGAAUACUGUUCAAUUGUACAUGAAAGUACCUGGUAGUCGUACACCAGGACAUCAAGAAAAUAAUAACUUCUGUUCCAUAAACAUAAAUAUUGGACCAGGAGAUUGUGAAUGGUUUGCUGUCCCAGAUGCGUAUUGGGGCGUUAUAUGUAGUCUUUGUGAAAAGAAUCAAAUUAAUUAUUUACAUGGCUCAUGGUGGCCAAUCUUAGCCGACCUACAUGAAGCUAAUAUACCAGUCUAUAGAUUCCAACAGAGACCUGGUGAUUUAGUUUGGGUAAAUGCCGGUUGUGUUCAUUGGGUUCAAGCGAAUGGAUGGUGUAAUAAUAUUGCAUGGAAUGUUGGACCAUUGACAGCCCGUCAAUAUUUAUUGGCGAUUGAACGUUACGAGUGGAAUAAAUUGCAAAGUUUUAAGUCGAUUGUUCCAAUGUUACAUUUAUCAUGGAAUUUAGCAAGGAAUAUUAAAGUGUCGGAUCGUAAAUUAUUCGAAUUAAUCAAAAAUUGUUUACUUCGAACUUUGCGCCAGUGUGCAAUGAUUUUAGAAUUUGUAAAGCACCGAGGUGUAGAAGUUCGUUUCCAUGGUCGUGGCAAAAAUGAAGCAUCACAUUACUGUGGUCAAUGCGAAAUCGAAGUGUUCAAUAUAUUAUUUAUACGUGAACAAGAAAAGAGACACGUAGUACAUUGUCUAGAUUGUGCUAGAAAACAAUCCCCCGGAUUAGAAGGAUUCGUAUGCUUAGAAGAAUACCGUAUGUCUGAAUUAAUGGAAGUAUUUGAUAAUUUUGUCUUACAUGCUGGCAUCACUCAACAACAAAUCAAACAAGUUCAACAAACAUCCCCACAAACAAUAAUAAUGCCACCAACAGUUGCAACAAACACUACAUCAACUCAACAACAACCAACUACACCAACUACAACUCCACAAGCAGCACAAUAAAAAGGACGGAAGAGACACCUACAAUUCGUUAACAAAAAAUAAAUAAAAGUGAAAACAAAUAAGUUAGUGAUUGAAUUUGUGUGCGUAGUCAAAAUCUGAAAAUAAUGAUUUAAUUUAUUACAUAGACUGAAACAAGUACUUCAUUUUGUGCCUUGACGAAAGGGUACAAGCUUAAAUUCAUUUCCAAAAUAAAAUUUAAAAAAAAUGAGGUCGUUAAAA